UAUCCAUCAGUCUGAGAUCCCUUUGCCAUCGGCAGUUGUGAACACGCGACAUUCUCGAUCAUUUCGUUGCCACACGCUCGUCGACGUCAAGUUUUCUCUCUACCUCACGACAUCAAUAGCUGAUGGUGGCAGUUAAUUGAAAACCAUAGACUCCAACUAAGUGCUCAACAUGGUUGAACAAGGAAAUCCAUUCACUACCAUGGUGUCAUGCAAAUGGUUGGUUGUCAUCGGUAUUUUGACCAUUGCCAUUUCUUUGGUUGCCGGCAUCAUAUUGGGUGUCAUCGCUGUCCAUUUCAGUAAUGCUACUUCAGCUAAAGUUUCGUCAACGACGGACGCGGGAGAUAUUAUGUCGGCUUCAGCCGGAGCUCAGCAGAUGGAUUCAAACACAACGGUGCUCUCUUCCAUCAGCCCCACUUUUAACCCAAUGUCAUCAACGGAGAAGCAUCAUGAAAGAGACGUAACACACGUAUCGCCAGAGGCAGUAACAGAGCCUAUUUCUAGUAUUUCACCAACUGCUUCCACUCCGGAUCCAACGGUCAGCCAUUUUCCCAGGUACAGCUAAAACCACCACUGCUAGUUCUACUACCACCUUGGAGACAACGUCUACGACAACCACCACAACUUCUGAACCAACUUCUGCUACGAACUCCUGUCACAAAUACUGCUAAAACCACUACAGCUAGUUCCACAAGUAGCUCUACUAUUUCCGCGUCAACAACAACGACGGUUACAGAAACAGCUGAAAGUGACCCUGUUGAGUUAAGGGAUGGGCCGAAAAGAAAUUCUACGUUGACACCAA